AGCUUGCUUGAUUUUAAUGCCCCCGAAAAAAGUACACAUUUUUAUUCAAACAAAAAAUUUCAACUUGCAAAAGGAAUGUUUAAUUUUAGUUUAAAUAAUAAAUAAAUUAUUUUAAAAUCAUGUCUGAUAAGGUAACUGUAGUUUUAAAAGAAAAAACAAUCGAUUCUCAAAGUCAAAGCUCUCCCAAACACGAGGAAUCAAAGGCAGACAGUGAUGACAAAAAAGACUUAACAACAGACACCAAUUGUGGUGUCUCAACCAGCAGCGAUACGGCGGAGGCAUCCUCUGGCUCUCUGGUGCAAGAUAAACAAAACAUCAAAGAGGCAACCAGAGCUGCGGAUUCCAUAGAUGAUGAAUUAGCAUUGCAAUCAGAAUUGAGUAAUGAAGAAACAUUCAAAGAUGCAAUUGACAGUGAGGCGGUAACCAAAAGUGAUGGUGGCGUUAAAUCAAGCAAAUCCGAAACACUAUUCUCGGACAUAGAGAGUUCAGAUGAUAGCAUUGGCUAUGAUGAACCAAAGAAGAUUAAAGAAGCAGCGAUUGUAGAAGCAGAAAAGACACCAAGCAGGCCUGAAAGCCCAAAAAUAGAAAAUGUGUUGGAAGAGAAAAAAGUUAUUGAGUCUGAAUUUGAUCCUGUGGAAUCUGAUGAAGAAUUUUUUGAAGAUGCAUUGCCAGGAAAACCAGAUACAUUUUCUCAAGACACUAUAUCAAAAGAAAACGCAGAAGAAGAAAAAUUACGGUCUCCAUUGGAUGAUGAUGAUAAAGUUAAGCCCAAAGAAUUGAACUUAGAUCCAGAAGAGCCCGAGACGGAUGAACCACUGUGUUCUAUUGAAUCCAACCUGGAACAAAUUGGUAGUCCCGAAUUCAACCUGGAACAAAUUGAUAGUCCCCCAGAAGAUGAGGACUUAGUACUAGAAAGUUCAGUUGAUCCUGAAGAUCAAAUUGAAGACAGAAAAGAAAUCGCAACUAGUGAUGACUUAGCUAAAGAUAAUUGUACACAAGACGAUGGAAAUGAUUCUUUGAUGGAGGAGACUGUGGGUGUGUGUUCUCCAAUCAGUGAAAUUGAUACAUUCAAAACGGAUACGAAGAGUGCAAAACUAGAAGAAGAAGAAGACUUAACAUGCCAAAAAUUAGAAGAAGAUCUGAAAACGGUUGAAAUUGAGUCUUCCGAAAGUUCAAACAAAGUUCAAGUAGUAUCACUUGAAAUUACCCCUCCGGAGACCUCAACAUCAAUUGCCGAAAAUAAACCAACGGAAGUAAUAGAAUCUGAGAUUGAAAUUCCAAACGAAGAAUUUGGGACAUCUGAGAUUCAAGAAGUCCAGAAGUUGGAAAAUGAUUCAACACCAGGUGAAAAAAUGGAAACUGAUUUGGAAAUCACAAAGGACGAUAGUGAUGAGAAAAUGGAAGAAAAUUUGUCAAUUUUUAAAGCUGACGACACACUUGCUUCCGAACUUGAAGAACCCCAGGAUCAAAAAGAAGAAGAAUCUAUGCAGGUUGAUGAAACAAUUUUAGAAAUAAGUGGAUGUCCAGUGAUGGAAACUAAUGAAGACGUUGAAAUGGUAGAAGAACUUGAUAGUCAACUGACGGAAAAAGAUGAAUCUAAAAAACUUGCAACUGAUGAAGAGAACAUUGCGGAAACUGACGAACGAUUGAAGGAAGAACCAGUUGAGGAUUCGACGGAAUCGUCUAAAAUUGUUGAAAAAUUGGAUGAUCCGACAGAAGCUACAAGUGAAGAUUUGAUAGAAACUGAAAAAGAAUUCAAGUGUCAAUCGAUUGUAAUUCAAGAAACCAAAUCAAUCGACAGACUUGAAACUUCUCCAAAAGCAUCUGUCGAUGACGAGAUUCAAGAAACUGCUGAAAAUAAAGAUGAAAUAGAAGACAAGAUAGAUGAUACAUUAGAAUUUCAGGAAGAAGGUCAAGGGGAACAUGAAACAACACCUGAAAAAAGUCUGGAAGAUGAAAAGAAAGACGAUACAGAAACAAGGAAAGAAGGUGCUACUUCACCACUUGAAACAACUGAAAAAUCAAAUGAACUAAUCGAAGAACCUAAUGAACCUUCUGAGAAAGUUAUUGAAAUAUCAAAGAAACAAAGAGAAUCUCAGGAGGAACCAAUUGAUGAAACAAAAGAACAAAAUGUUGAAACAGAAGAAAAAAUACGUGAAACAGUGGCUGAGAAAAGUGACGUCCAUGGAGAAGAAUUAAAUACAAAAAUUGAAGAUGUGGUUAAGUCUUCAGAAGCAAAAGAAGAGAAAGUUGAAAAAUCAACAGAAUCUAAAAUUAAACCAACUGAAAAAGAAAUAACUCAAAAAGAAACUAACGUGCCACCAACUCAAUUAGAAGCUGUUAAAGAAAAAGACUCAAAUGAAAAGGUGGAUUCCUCAAAAGAAUCCCAAGACAUAGAAGAGUCUAAAGAGUCUGAAGAAGUAGAACCUAUUAAAACAUCAGAAGCUCCGGAAACACCUGAAGUUGCAGCCAAAGUUGUUGUCAAAGAAGUUGUUGUCCUAGAAAUUGGAACAUCAAUUGAAAUCAUGAAACCUAAAGAAGCGAUUGAUUCAGGAGCAAGUCAAAAUGUAGAAAAGUCAACAGUAGCAAAAGCAGUCCCUGAAAUAAUUGAAAUUGAUGAUGAUGAUGACAUCGAAGAGACUAAAAAGGCUGAAGAUAACUCAAAAACCAUUCAAAAGGAAUCACCAUCAAUAAAUGAAAAAGCAACAAAAGAAUCAGAAGAUAAGAAAACUGAUGAAGUGUCGAUCGAGGAGCCACCUCUAACUCCAAUGGAAAUAAACCAAGACAUUCCAACAGAACAACCAGUCCAUAAAAUUGUGGUAGAAGACCAAAGUUCCAAAACAAACCAAGGAUCUGGUGAUGAUGCAACAAUGAAGGAUGUUCUCGAUGAUGAAGAUGAACCCCUGUUAAUGAUCGAUACAUCCCACAAAGAAGACAACGACACGGAGAGUAAUGUGGACAAUGAAACGGCCACAUCAGCCCCAAGUACCGACUCGAGUAGUGAUGGUUCGUUGGAGGUGUUCUAUGAUAAGGAAUGCGUUAACUAUGAAUGCAAACGGGCGACGAAGAACUUCUAUCGAGCCACAGUCUUUUCGUUGAAUUAUUUUAAGGUGUCAAAGAAGCGCACAAAGACACAAUUCGUGUGUGAGGACUGUUAUGAGAGGUCCUUGAGUUCGUAUGAGGAACUAUGUUCAACGCUCAAGAUGAAACAACCUCUUUUGCAUGGAACCACAUUUAAGUGUCAAGAGUUUGUGGAAAUCAUCGACAGCAGCGACGAGGAGGAGAGUGAUUCAGCUACAGACAAGGUUAAAGUUUCAGAUGAAAAUACUCUACCCAAGGACAGCAUUGAGAUGCUUGAGGCCGAACUUGAAGGAGCCAUUCGCAAAGUUAUGCAUAAUGUUGACAUUCAAAAGCAACUCUCAUGGACAAAGCAAAUUCUGCAACAGCGUCUGACGAAUCUUCAAGAGGAUUCGGACUUUGUAACCGAACAAUUACGUUCGCUUCAGAGAAAAGCCGACCAAAUGCAUAAUUCACUUUAUCAGUGUCCAAAAAUAAAACUUCGACAGCUGACGCCGUUAGAUUUGAACAGUGGUCGAAUGUAUAAUCCAGAAUCGGAUAAUUCAGGAAGUCAAAUUCCUCUGCCAGGAGAUAUUAUUCGGAAUCCCAUUUGUGUGAAUGAGUCAUAUUAUGCUGUUAAGACGAAAGCCAUUGCUAGUUGGGUUCCAUGUAAAGUUAUCGAGGAGGUUGAGGGCUAUCCUGCUGGCUAUAAUCAUUCGAAGACUUAUAAAAUCAAGUUUACCAAACUUGCUAAGUAUCCAAUGUUUAAGACGGUCUAUGCUAAACAUAUGGCAUAUUUUGAUCCUCCAAAUGUUAGGCUUCCCAUUGGAUCCCGUGUAAUUGCCUAUUUUGAUGCAACAUCCCUAUCACGAGGCAAGGAGAAAAUGCUCAUUCCAAGUGCAUUCUAUCCCGGAAUCAUUGCAGAACCACUUAAACAAAGCAAUAAAUAUAGAUAUUUGGUUUUCUACGAUGAUGGUUACUUCCAAUAUGUAAGUCACAAAGACGUUCGUUUGGUUUGUCAAGCUUCGGAGAAUGUCUGGGAAGAUGUACAUCAUCAAUCGCGUGAAUUUAUUCAUAACUAUCUCACUCAAUAUGCCGUCAAUAGACCAAUGGUGCAGACUCAGAAGGGCCAAAGUAUGUUGGUCGAUUAUAAUGGCAAAUGGAUUUAUGCUCGAGUCAUUGAUGUCGAUUGUAGUUUGGUGCAAAUGUUGUUCGAAGGACAAAGUCGAUCGGAAUGGAUAUAUCGUGGGUCGACACGUCUCGGUCCGGUUUAUAAGGAGUCAAAUAAUUUAUCACAGAAAAAUACACUCAAUGCUACAAGAAGGCGCACAGAACCUUUCAUACGAUACAUCAACGGAGACGAUUCUUCAACAUCACAACAAGUCCAAGAAGCUGAACAGCCUCCGGCCAAAGCCGGAAGCAGUGAAAUUCGUUCGGUUGCCAAGAAGAGCGUUAGUCGAGUUGAUAACUCUAACAAUAAUAAUUCCACAUCCAGUUCUGCUGCACAACCAGUGCCAACAGUUCGUCAUUUAAAUAAUUCCACAAUCUUUGUCGAUGAUGAUAAUAAACCUAAAGGAAAGGUGGUUUACUAUACUGCAAGAAAGAAUCUACCCCCACGAAAUUACGUUCCUCACAUUUGCAAUCCAUCGUGUCCGUUCAAUAUUACACAUAAUCUAUCGUUCUACAGUCCACUGGCUAAACCAUUGCUAUCCGGUUGGGAGCGUCAGGUGUUUAGACAGAAAUCAAAGAAAUUUAUAAUAUAUCGAGGACCGUGUGGCAAACGAAUGCGUAAUAUUGAGGAAUUGCAUAGAUACUUGCGAGUUACUGACAAUGAAUUGAAUGUCGAUAAUUUUGAUUUCAGUCCAGAUACAAAUUGUUUGGCAGAAUAUGUUCUUGAGAAAUGUCUCGUUAAUAAGAAAGAUAUAUCGUGUGGAAAGGAAAAAAUGCCGAUUCCAUGCGUGAACUAUUACGACGAAACAAUGCCACCAGCUUGUGAAUAUUCUGCUGAGCGAAUACCCACUGAAGGUGUUCCAUUAAAUUUGGAUGAAGAGUUCUUAUGUGGAUGCGACUGCACAGAUGAUUGUUCCGAUAAAACAAAAUGUGCCUGUUGGCAAUUGACCUACGCUGGAGCGAAGUACGGAAUGCCUACAGUGCCCAUAGACAUGGUUGGCUAUCAAUACAAACGAUUGUACGAGCAUGUACCUACAGGAAUUUACGAGUGUAAUUCAAGAUGCAAAUGCAAAGCAAAUUGUGUGAAUCGUGUCGUCCAGCAGCCUCUUCAAUCGAAAUUACAAGUCUUCAAGACAUCAAAUCGUGGUUGGGGUCUGCGGUGCAUAAACGACGUACCUCGUGGUUCAUUUAUCUGUGUCUAUGCUGGUCAAAUGCUUACAGAACAGGUUGCCAACGAGGGUGGUCUAGAUGCUGGAGAUGAGUACUUUGCUGAGUUGGAUUAUAUUGAAGUGGCUGAGCAAAUUAAGGAGGGUUAUGAAUCUGAUGUUCAGGAACCUGAAGAAGAUGAGGAUCUUUAUAAUCCUGAAAGAGAUGACGACGAUAUUGAUUUCCGAGCACCUGGCGAAGCGUUCAAAGACAGAGAAUUCAAUACUCGUUUAAGGACACGUAGAGGAAAUAAGAACAGCACAGAUGGGGAAUUCGAUUCUCAAGAGAGACAGGUUAUAAGUUUCGAGCCCAACAAGAAUAUGGACACAUCAACUGAACCCAAUGAGAAGCCAACAAUACGAAAAUUGUUUGGAAAAGAUGAAAGUUGUUAUGUCAUGGAUGCUAAGGUCAGAGGCAAUCUAGGAAGAUAUUUCAAUCAUUCCUGCUCGCCGAAUUUAUUUGUGCAAAAUGUUUUCGUUGAUACUCAUGACUUAAGAUUCCCUUGGGUCGCGUUCUUUGCUUCGACUCAUAUUAGAGCUGGCACAGAGUUAACAUGGAAUUAUAACUAUGAAGUUGGUGUAGUACCAGGAAAAGUAUUAUAUUGUCAAUGUGGAGCGCCCAAUUGUCGACAGCGAUUACUUUAAGAUGAGUGUGUGUUUUUUUGUAAUGUAAAACGAUUUUUUUUAAAUAGAACUAAGGGUCGAAUAUAAAGUAUUUUAGAUUGUCCAUAUAAACACAGGA